UGCUCUCCCCCCAUUGAUUCGAUUAAUUGGAGAAUAGACAAACCAGCUAGUGCGAGUAUAUAUAUAAUAAUGAUCACGUAACUGACUGGAUUCCGUUUCGUGGAUCGUCAAUUUGUCAUCAUCAUCAUUAUUGUUGGUCGUUCUACACACUACGAGUUGCGAAGGCUGGGAUUGUGUGGUUCUUUUCCGACGGUUAUCAUUGACGAAGAGUUCUUUUGCGACUACUGGGAAGAAGAAGAGUGUUUGGACGAACGGAUAAUUGAACGCGACGACGACUUGGAAAGAGAUCUGAUUACCAGCGGUUGUGCGUGUUUGGUGUUGAGUACUUGGAAGCUUUUCUGUAGUUGCUGCAGAAGGAUAACUACUUGAACCUACGACCUACUACACAACUCACACCCACACACACUCGAACGCGCACAUAUCCAACGUAUCCAACACCAUGGGUUCAACAGAUAUAAGUUCGCGGGGCAUCCGCAUCGCAAUAGACAGAGGCGGCACAUUCACCGACUGCGUAGGCAACCCCGGCACAGGCAGAAUGUCCGACGACGUCGUGAUAAAACUCCUCUCGGUCGAUCCCUCAAACUACUCGGACGCCCCCCUCGAAGGCAUCCGCCGCCUACUCUCGAAAUUCACAAAUACCGAUAUCCCCCGUGGCGCACCCCUCGAUACCUCGAAAAUCGAGUCUAUACGUAUGGGAACUACCGUCGCUACCAAUGCGCUUCUGGAACGCAAGGGCGAGGAUAUUGCUAUGGUGGUUACCAAGGGGUUUAAAGACUGCCUGGCGAUUGGGAAUCAGAGCCGGCCUAACAUUUUCGCGCUGGAUAUUCAGAAGCCAGAAGUUCUGUAUAAGAAGGUUGUCGAGGUUGAAGAAAGAGUUACAUUGGAGGACUACGCCGAGGAUCCGACGCGUAAAGUCACGGAUGCGAAGGCGAUUGAGGAAGUCGGCGACAGCGAAGAACUGGUGAAGGGGUUGUCUGGAGAAACGGUGCGGAUACUACGGCGACCGCGCGAAGAAGAGAUCAGGCGGCAGCUGCAAGAGGUGUAUGAUGAGGGGCUGAGGAGUAUCGCUGUUUGCUUGAUGCAUGGGUAUACGUAUCCGAAGCAUGAAGCUUUGGUUGGGAAGAUCGCCAAGGAGAUUGGGUUUGAGCAUGUCAGCUUGAGCCAUGAGCUCAUGCCUAUGAUUAAGUUGGUUCCAAGGGCUACUUCUGCUUGCGCCGACGCGUAUUUGACGCCUGCGAUACGGAAGUAUAUUGAUGGGUUUUCCAAGGGCUUUGAGGGAGGUCUGGGUUCCAAGAGCGUGAAGAGGGAGGCGGGUUCUAAAGGUGCACGGUGCGAGUUCAUGCAAUCUGAUGGUGGAUUGGUUGAUGUGGAUUUGUUCUCAGGUCUCAAGGCUAUACUGUCGGGGCCAGCGGGUGGAGUUGUUGGAUAUGCUCUGACUUCGUAUGAUCCGCAAACCAAGAUCCCUGUCAUUGGCUUCGACAUGGGCGGCACGAGUACAGAUGUGAGUAGGUAUGGUGCAGGGAGGUACGAUCACGUCUUCGAAACUACGACUGCUGGCGUGACUAUCCAGUCGCCUCAGCUCGACAUCAACACAGUCGCUGCAGGAGGCGGUUCCCGUCUCUUCUGGAAGAAUGGCUUGUUCGUUGUCGGACCAGAAUCAGCGAGUGCACACCCUGGUCCUGCCUGCUACCGUAAAGGCGGGCCAUUGACCAUCACCGAUGCGAAUUUAUUCCUGGGACGACUACUCCCCGACUUUUUCCCAAAAAUCUUCGGCAAAAACGAAGAUGAGGGACUGGACGCAGAUGCCAGCGAAAAGCUGUUCAAGGAGCUCGCAGAGCAGAUUAAUAAAGAGGUCGCAGGCGACAACAAAGAAAAGGAAAUGACACUGGACGAGAUCGCGCACGGUUUCAUCAAGAUUGCGAAUGAGACUAUGACGCGACCGAUUCGAAGCUUGACCGAGGCUCGUGGGCACGACACCUCGAAACAUAGACUGGCUACCUUUGGUGGCGCUGGCGGGCAGCAUGCUGUGGCGAUUGCGGAAGCCCUGGGCAUUUCGCAGAUUCUCGUGCACCGAUACUCAUCAGUGCUAUCCGCUUACGGGAUGGCUCUUGCAGACGUUGUCGAUGAGAGGCAGGAGCCGGAAUCAAAAGUAUGGUCAGACGAAAAAGAAACUCGGGAAUAUCUGCAGCAGAAGAUGAGCGAGCUGAGAAAGAAGUCAACAGCGACGCUCGCUGAUCAAGGGUUCGGCGAAGACCAAAUUCACUUUGAAGAAUAUUUGAAUCUGAGAUAUCGCGGGACCGAGUCUGCUCUCAUGAUCGUCAAGCCGACCAAGGAAGAAGCAGAUCAAGAGUAUGGGGGAGAUGAGUGGGCUUUCGGGAAGGCUUUCGUGAAGCAGCAUGAACAAGAGUUUGGCUUUACUCUCCCCGACCGUGAUAUCAUUGUCGAUGACGUCCGAGCCCGCGGUAUUGGGAAGACUUUUGAAGGGCUGGAGAAGACGGUCGAUCAGCAACUCAAGGAGAUACAGCCCAAAGAUCUAAGCAAAGGCGACAAAGUCUAUGGAACACGUAAUGUGUUCUUCGAGGGCGGGCGGCAAGAGACGGCGAUAUACAAACUAGAAGAUCUCUCUACAGGGGAUCGGAUCAGGGGUCCCGCCAUCAUUGCGGAUGGUACGCAAACCAUUGUUGUCACCCCCGGAGCUUCCGCGCUGCUCAUCGAGACCCACGUUGUGAUCAAUAUUGGCGAGAGUGAUGGCCAAGAUAAGCAGAUUGGCACAAAGGAAGUAGAUCCUAUCCUGCUAUCGAUCUUUGCGCAUCGCUUCAUGGCCAUAGCAGAGCAGAUGGGACGGGCUUUGCAAAAGACAAGUGUAUCUACGAAUGUCAAGGAGCGCCUAGAUUACUCUUGCGCCUUGUUCGACGCCGAGGGUGGUCUUGUUGCAAACGCACCCCAUCUCCCGGUUCAUCUUGGAAGCAUGUCUACUUGCGUGCGCAAACAAGCUUCCAUCUGGAAAGGCAAGCUCAAGAAGGGCGAUGUUCUCGUUUCCAAUCACCCGAUGUUUGGUGGCACUCAUCUUCCAGACAUCACUACCAUCACACCGGCUUUUAGUGGCGACAAGAUCAUAUUCUACGUUGCAUCCCGCGCCCAUCAUGCUGAUAUCGGUGGUAUUCUACCAGGCAGCAUGCCCCCGCAUUCACGCGAGCUGUUCCAAGAGGGCGCCGCUAUCAAGUCGGAGAAGUUGGUUUCUGAAGGUCAUUUCAACGAGAAACGAAUCACUGAACUGCUUUACGACGAACCUGGACAGUACCCUGGAUGCUCGGGAACGCGCUGCCUCUCCGACAACAUCAACGAUCUCAAAGCGCAAAUCGCGGCCAACCAAAAGGGCAUCAACCUCAUCUCCACCCUCAUGUCCGACUACGGCGAGGAAGUAGUAACCUUCUACAUGCACAACAUCCAAUCCAACGCCGAAGCCUCGGUCCGCAACCUCCUCAAAGACGUGCACAAGCGCUUCGAAGGCCAAGACCUCUCAGCAGUCGAAUACAUGGACGACGGCUCCCCAAUCCGGCUCAAAGUAACAAUCGACCCGGAAAAGGGCGAAGCAAUCUUCGACUUCAGCGGCACAGGCCCAGAAGUCUACGGCAACAUCAACGCCCCCGAAGCGGUGACGUACUCGGCCAUCAUCUACUGCCUCCGCUGCCUCAUCAGCGAAGACAUACCUUUAAACCAAGGCUGCCUGAAACCAAUCCACGUCCUCAUCCCCAAGAAAUCGUUCCUGUCGCCCUCGCACAACGCCGCCGUCGUCGGCGGCAACGUCCUCACCUCCCAGCGCGUCACCGACGUCGUCCUCAAAGCCUUCAAAGCCUGCGCCGCCUCCCAAGGCGACACAAACAACCUCACCUUCGGCUUCGGCGGCUCCUACUCCUCCUCCUCUUCCUCUUCCCCGCGCACAGAAACAAAAGGCUUCGGCUACUACGAAACCAUCGCCGGCGGCUCCGGCGCGGGGCCAUCCUGGCACGGCACCUCGGGCGUCCACACCCACAUGACCAACACGCGCAUCACCGACUCGGAAGUCUUCGAGCGCCGGUACCCCGUGAUCCUGCGCGACUUCUCGCUGCGCGAGGGUUCCGCGGGGAAGGGCAUGCACGACGGCGGGGAAGGCGUGGUCCGCGACAUCGAGUUCCGCAUCCCCGUCCAAGUCAGCAUCUUGAGCGAGCGAAGGGUGUAUCAUCCGUAUGGCAUGAAUGGCGGUGGCGACGCCGCUUGCGGGGUUAAUAUGUGGGCGAGGAAAGUCUCUACUUCUUCUUCCUCUUCUUCUCUGCCUUCUGAGGAGACUCGGAGUUCAGACAAAGGAGAAGAAGAUGAGACUGAAGAAUACCGCUUCAUCAACCUCGGCGCCAAAAAUACGGCAAGCAUGCAGCCCGGCGAACGCAUCAUCAUCUACACGCCCGGCGGCGGCGGGUGGGGUGCCCCGGGCGAAGAGAGCACGGCGUUGGAGAAGAAGAAGGUUGAUCCGAGGGUUGGGUGGAGGAUGGGCAGCGUGGCGGAGAGGAUGGCUACUGCAGAGGCUAGUGCGUAA